AUGGGCGCCAAGGGAGACGUGUUCAUCAUCGGACCAGGCUUCAUCGGCCACAACAUCCUCGAGAUCCUCAUCGACCAGGGGUACAAGGUCACCGCGCUGACCCGACGAGAGCAACAUGCCGAAGCACUCAAGCGGUCAGGAGCGACGCCAGUGACGGGUCAACUGGACAGCUUCGACCUCAUCGGACAGCAGUGCUCCACCAGCGACAUAGUCUUCCAGGUAGCUACCGGCGACAACCUGCCGCUCGAAGGGGCCAUAUUGAAGGGGAUCAGGGAGCGUGCCCGACAAGGCAAGAACACAAUCUACGUGCACACGAGCGGGGCAAAAGUGUUUGACGACGGCGCAAAAGGCAUGUUCGCAACCGACAAGGUCUACCACGACGACAGGCGAGAGGAAAUGGACAGCGUGGCGGACACGGCUCCCCACCGCGACGUCGACCUGGCCCUGGUGCGUGCACAAGAAGGAGAAGCUGAGCUGAGGGCCCACCUCAAGCUCGCUGUCGUCUUGCCGCCAGAAGUGUACGGGUACGACGCGAAACACGACAGACUGUCGAUGAUGAUUCCGAACCUCACGCGCUUCGCCAUCAAGCAUGGCUAUGCGCCCAUCAUUGGGGAAGGCCUCUCGCUCGAGACGCAGGUGCACGUCAUGGACCUCGCGAGGGGAUACGUCGAAGUGAUGCAUUUCCUGGAAGACGCCGGCCAGGGCGACGUGCUCGCAAAUCCUUACUGGCUGUGCGAAAACGGAGAAGAGUUCACGUGGAAGGAAGCCGCAGAGACCAUCGGCCAGGCUCUGUACAAGGCGGGCAAAAUCCAGGACCCCACGCCCCGGAUUCCGCCCCAGGACUUGUACCCUGAGCUUUGCGCGCACAAGACCGAGAGCUAUAUGGGUCUGAACUGUCGUGCCCGAGCGGUUCGUCUGAGGAAACUGGGCUGGGAGGCCCGCGAGAAGGGGAUCUGGGAGUCUUACCUGCAGGAUGAAUUGCCGGUCAUCCUCCGGCGGAUCGACGGCCCAGCGUGA